CGCGUGUUCGCGGCUGUCACGCGUGACAGCGCUUCACGCGGCCGGUUGACAGCGGAAACAAAACGCCAACCGCGGGUGGACCGAGUGAGCGUUCGCCGCCACCGGGCUGCCGCGAGCCGUCUGUCCGCCACAAAACUCGUCCAAAAUCGCACGCAGCCCGCUCUUGACCCACUCCCACGAUGGCGUGCGCUAGCUGAAAGACGACAGCGGCAGCGGGAGGCGGUCACGUUUGUUACUAUGGCGGCGUCGUUGCUCUCCGAGAGCGACAUCAGGCACCGGUCCAUGGCAGAGGAGGAUCCGAACGGCAACGAGCACGGGGCGGCCGCACGCAGCGCGGCGCCCCGCUGGGGACCGCAGCACGCCGGAGCCCGGCAGCUGGCUCGGCUCUACUCUCCUGGUAAGCGUGUCCAGGAGUGGGUGUGUGUAAUCGUGUGCCUCGUCCUCUUUGUUAUCAACUUCACUUUGCUCCUCCUGCACUUUUCCACUCUACACAUCUACAAGAUCAUCCUCGGGAUUGUGCUGGGAAUCUUGACAGCAGACUUUGCAUCGGGGAUUGUGCACUGGACGGCGGAUACUUGGGGAUCUGUAGACAUCCCUUUUAUAGGCAAGGCAUUCAUUCGGCCGUUCAGGGAGCACCACAUUGACCCCACCGCCAUCACCCGCCACGAUUUCAUCGAAACCAAUGGAGACAACUGUAUGAUCCCCAUCUUACCCCUGGCACACAUGGCCUACAAGUUCUUCACUUGCACACCAGAGGCCUUGGCGGCGUCCUAUCCUUGGGACUGCUACGUCUUCGCCCUGGCCAUUUUCGUCACGUUGACCAACCAGAUUCACAAGUGGAGUCACUCCUACUUCGGACUCCCGCGCUGGGUCACCCUGUUGCAAGACUGGCAUGUGGUGUUGCCACGGAAACACCACCGCAUCCACCAUGUCUCGCCACACGAGACGUACUACUGUAUCACUACAGGCUGGUGUAACUACCCACUGGACCAGCUGGGCUUCUGGAGGCGCAUGGAGCAUCUGAUCGAGCGACUUACUGGUCAAAAGCCUCGAUGUGAUGACCUGGCCUGGGCCAAGAAGACUGACUGAGGAAUGCGUGGACAGACGGGAAGGAGGAUAUAGACAAGGAGAUGACAUUUUAAAAGGGAAGCGCGCACACACACACACACACACACACACACACACACACACACACACACACACACACACACACACACACAGUACAUUCUACUCAUGUUUCAGUGCUCUUGUCUUUGCAAAAAAAAAAAGUCAUUUCUGUACAUGCAAAAUUGUAGUCAAUAAAACUUUGUGAAGGGAAAAAAAAAAGUGUUCUAAACACUAACAUUGGUUUAAGCAGUAAACAACUUGUGUAUUGAGAAGCCAGUUUAAUCAAUCAGAUGUGCUGCUGUCCUGGUGUCGGGCGCAUCUGGAGGUUGGGCUCUCCAGGGGUGAAACCACGCUGCCGAACACACACACACACACACACACACACACACACACACACACACACACACACAUAUUACAGUAUUGAUGAAAAUAAUAAUAAUGCUUUUUUUCUGAAUGGAGCUUAAUAACUUGCAUUAUCAAUACAGUAGUCAUUACUGCACUGUCUAUUUGAGAAGGGACCCGUAUUUGUUUCACGCUCAGCGAUUAGACAUCGUAUCUAUUUGACUGUAGGUCAAUACGUCAGGAAAUAUGUUUAAAGCUAUCACAACCAUUUGUGGGAAUGCAGAAAAAGCGUACACAACAUUGAAUAAGAAUAAGGGCAGACUUUUUUUUAGAUUUCAUUUUCAAAACGAAUUAAUUUGCAUCAUAUUGCCUUCCAUAUUCAAACAUGAAUCGAUUUUAAUUCAGUUGCGUUACCUUGGUGAAAGAGGAAAAAAAAUUGUUGCAAGAUGUGUUUUCAGUAAAAGAUGUGCAAACUGUAUAUGUUGUAUAUUUUUGGAAGAUAUUGUCGUACGCCAUACAUAUGCUCCACCCCCACCGUCCCCCACAACCAUACAAUUAUUUUGUCACUGAUUUACCAUUAUUAAGUCUUAAUAGCGUCAUUACCUCUGAGCACUGCCUCACCAAGUAUGGCUUUCACUGGCUAUUAGAAGAGACUCAAAUUCCCUCUGUAAAUGGUUUUGUUGUCAUUCAGAAAGCAUCUACAUGCAGGUGCAUCCCCUAAAAAGGGAAUGUUAUUAUUUAUGUUUAAAGUUCAUUUGUCUCAGUAGUUCAUUCAAAAACUGAAAAUGGAUUUAACUAAUCGGGGCAUAUUUUCAUCAGAAAAUGUCUACCGGUGCUCAAUUUUCACAUUCAAAUUUUUUUCUCAUGCCAUCAAAUAUCUGGGGAGGUGAAUUUUGGGGGACAGGGUUAGCCUUAAACUAGAAAUUGUGCGUGUGUGUGUGCGUGUGUACGUGUGUGUGUGUGCGCGUAUGUGUGUAAUCAAUCAUGAAAUACUUCACUUAGUGUAAUAAAUUGCAUCAUUUUUUUUUCUGUUUCACUUAUUUUGACUGAACUCUUGAAACAAAAUGAAUACGUUUUUCCACAAUCUGAAAAUUUGUUGAGAUGCACCUGUCUGUAUAUGUUUUGCCCCAAGCAGUCUUGGUCCUAUUUGUAAAUAAACAUGUGCCCUGCAUUCGCUGUUGCAGGAUGCCCUCCAUCCACAUUUGGUUAAAAUUCAAAAUACACAUGGGACCUCUGCAAUUGUGUCUCAGUAAAGCAUUGAACCUAAAUGGGUGCACACAUUAUUUUAAUUGCGUGGCACAGCAACUUUUGAGGUCUGAUGCUGUUGCCUUACAUGAAGUCCGUCUUUUCGGAUUAAAUCCCAAACACGUGCAUCACAGUUAGCUGCUCCAGGCCCAAAUAAAGCAACUCAUUGCUUGACAUUUUCAACAGGUUUCGUGUCUCUCCGCAUUCAAAGGGUCAAAGCUAACCGCACUUUAUUCCUCCGCAAUGAGCACUCUUCCUCACUUCGCACAAAUGUAUCCACCGAAUUUCUGUCACACAUGCGCAAGCGUACACGUGCUGUUUCUCAUAUUGUGUUUGGCUGCUUUCUCCGGCUUCAUAAUUUUCUAUUUUCUUAUUACCGAAUCAAGCCAUGUACAGUUAAACUCUUGAUUUUACAUUUUGCAGUUUAACGCUCGCUGCUUUUCUGCCUUAAUGUUUUUAUCUGCUCUUUCAUUUGAAUAAAGAACUAAACUAUU